CUAUAAGAUAAUACAGAAACCCAGUAAAGAAUUUUCAUAAUCUUUGACACCCAUGCUUUCAAACACUUGUAUUACUCAUUUGUUGUGCUGAUUGUUGAUGAAUAAUUAGUGGGUUUGUUUCAUUUCAAGUCGUUUACCAUUAGAAACGCUUCAGGUUGUUUUCUUUUAUCACACACAAAAAAAAAAAAAAAAAAGUUGUUCUUUUAUGAGAUAAAACAUCUUUAGAGUUGGUCAGUUCCUGUAGAUGGAAGAAGAAAAGCAAACAAGAAAGGGAAAAUAUGCAGCUGAUUUUUCCUCAUUCAGGGAAGCAGAAGCUCGAAUCAGGCCAUUCAUACACAAAACUCCUCUUUUGUCAUCUGAAUCUUUGGAUGCUCUUUCUGGAAGACACCUUUUCUUCAAAUGUGAACUUUUUCAAAAGGGUGGUGCUUUUAAGUUUAGAGGUGCCUGCAAUGCUGUAUUUUCACUCAGUGAUGAUCAGGCUUCUAAAGGGGUUGUCACACACAGCAGUGGUAACCAUGCUGCGGCACUGUCUUUGGCUGCAAAGCUACGGGGAAUCCCCGCUUAUAUAGUUGUACCGAAAAAUGCUCCAAAAUGUAAAGUCGAGAAUGUCAAGCGGUACGGCGGUCAGAUUAUCUGGAGUGAGCCCAAUAUGCAGUCAAGGGAGAGUACUGCAGCCAAGGUUUUGCAAGACACUGGUGCAGUUCUUCUGCAUCCUUAUAAUGAUGGGCGUAUCAUAAGCGGGCAAGGAACCAUAUCAUUGGAGCUUUUGGAGCAAGCCCCGAAAAUUGACACUAUAAUAGCUCCCAUAAGUGGAGGUGGUUUGAUAUCAGGAGUGGCAUUAGCUGCCAAGACCAUCAACCCUGCCAUCCGAGUAUUGGCUGGGGAACCUAAAGGUGCUAAUGAUGCAGCACAGUCCAAAGCAGCUGGUAAAAUAGUAACAUUACCAGAGACCAAUACUGUGGCGGAUGGGCUUCGAGCUUUUCUUGGAGAUCUUACUUGGCCCGUAGUACGAGAUUUUGUAGAUGAUGUCAUAACUGUGGAGGACAAUGAGAUAAUAGAAGCCAUGAAACUCUGCUAUGAGAUUCUGAAGGUUGCUGUUGAACCUAGUGGAGCAAUAGGUUUAGCUGCGGUUUUAUCUGAUAGUUUCAAAGAAAAUCCUGCUUGGAAGGAUUGUAGCCACAUUGGAAUUAUCCUCUCUGGAGGUAAUGUAGAUCUCGGUGUCCUAUGGCAUUCAUUCAAAAGAUGAGAAUUAUCUACUUGAUUGUUCUUGAACUAUCUCUUUGUAUGGCACUAACGCUAACUUUAAAUGACAAAGUAAUAAAAUCCAUUCAGAGAUUUUUAUCUGCUAUAAACUAGCGACUGACAGAUAAACUUAUUGUACGUUUUAGGCAUACAAAUUUAGUGAAAGUUGUGUACAAUCUCUGAUCUAACCCAAAGUUUCUAUUGCCUUAAAGGGGGUUGUUUGAGGUCAAUU